AUGUCCAAGAACAGACGAAAAGAGAUACAGCAGAAACAAUCGCUCCAAGCUCAGUUCCAACUAGCUCUUUCCCAAAGCGAAAAACGAGCAUUAUCAUGGUUACAACCAUGUCGAUCUACAAAUCCAACACCAGAGACCAAUGAUGACGAUUCAUUUAUGAAUCUUCCUGUUAUCUCCCAGGGUGCUGGGCUAUCUAGCAAAAAUGGCAGCAGUAGUACUAUUGGUGAGUUUUUAAGUUCCGAUUUGAAGAGUACCAAACAACAGCAACAGGUGAAGGAGAUGAGGAAACCUACAUCCAAGCCCAUGAUGGCAUUAAUGAACAAGAUGAGGAAUACUCUGCGUGAAACAGUGCGGAAAAAAGUGGAGAGAGUGAAACAAGAGGUGAAGCAAGCCGACAACAACGACGACGACUCCGAUGAUGAAGAAAUUUCUCAGCUUCGAGCACGAUCAGUAAAGAAAACUACGGGUGGUAUACUACAGCAUAAAAUUAAAAAAUCAGGUCGUCCAUUUUAA